UCGAGCGUACUUGUCGUUAUCCCGAAUGCUCGUAUUUUAUGCUCGUUGCAAAAUGUGGCCAGAUGUGAAUUCGUAAGCAAUAAAAUCGUAAUUAAUAGAAGUGGAGACAACUUUUUGAAAUAUAACUGGUUGGGAAAAUUGAUUGUUCGUUCCAAGAGGAUUGUGAAAACUUUAAGAAUUUUUAAAUAAGUUUAUAAGUGAAGUGAAUGUAUGGUGAUUUUACAGUUCUAACAUAAAUAAGUGAAGUAUAUAAUACACGAAUUGUUUGUUAAACGGCAACAAAAUUAUUAUAAGGAUAAAUUGACAGAUAAUGCAUCAUCCAAAAACUAACAAGACGCAUCGUGUUGAAGACACGAAGCUGUACAACGAAUGGAUGAGAGAAGGCUGAGACAUUAUCGUGAUGUGGAGGGCGGUGGAAGUCCAUACCAUGUCAGUUAGCUACCGACUCAAGAUCGGAGUGGUAGUUAUUGUUAUUAUGGUACUAGGAUUCUUCAAUGAGAGUCAAGGUACAGCCCAUUAUGGGGAAGACAGUGUCGGCUCAUUUCCAUACUUCGAGUACAACGUGCCUCGCAAUGUGACCACAGUUGUUGGACAGACCGCCUUCUUGCAUUGUAGGGUUGAACAACUUGGGGAUAAGGCGGUAUCGUGGAUAAGAAAAAGAGAUUUACAUAUACUAACAGCGGGUAUAUUAACUUACACAUCAGACCAGAGAUUUCAGGUUAUAAGACCAGACAAAUCUGAAAACUGGACGUUACAAAUUAAGUUUCCGCAAGAGAGAGACGCGGGCAUUUACGAGUGCCAAGUGAAUACAGAGCCAAAAAUGUCAUUGGCGUUUCAGCUGAAUGUCGUUGAGGCUAAAGCUCACAUCUUGGGUCCCGUAGAUCUAUACGUGAAGACAGGGAGUACGUUAUCACUUACGUGCAUCCUGAGUCAAGGUCCACAUGAUUUGGGCACCAUAUUUUGGUAUAAGGGAUCAAAACUAAUAGAGUAUAAGGAAGUAGAAGAGAAUGAGAUAGUGGAAGAGCCGAGAGUUCGGUUGAGAACAGAAUGGACGGAACAGCUGACGUCACGGCUGACGAUUGAGAAGCUGUUACCAGGUGACAGCGGAAACUACAGCUGCGUGCCUACAAUGGCAGAGGCUGCUUCAGUGAAUGUUCAUGUUAUUAAUGGAGAGCAUCCUGCUGCGAUGCAGCACGGGAACGCAAACACAGCAUCACCCUGUGCGCUGUCGGUCAACCUCCUCAUCUCUCUCUAUUGCACCCUCGCAACUUUAUACACUAGUACAGUUGACGGCUUCAGAUGAAAAUUACAAAACACAGCUUUAAAUAAUCGUUUGAUCAAAUUGUAAAUUAAAAGUAGUUUUCUUUUAUCUUAAUUUUGUAUAGUGUAAGUUUUAUGUUGGUAUACAGUUAUAGAAAUACAUUCAUAACGUUAACAUUAAAGAUGAAGGGAUCGUGUUACUUUUUCAUAAGAAUAUAUCAAAAUUUAAUUGUCACUGAAUGCUAAAACUGGGAAUGGUAUC